AUGUAUGUACAGCAACCACACGAAUUUUGGUACGCUCCUAAUGUUGACCAAAGGAGUAAAAGGAGGUGGAAUAUGCAAUCAAAAGAUACUAAAUCGCCAGAUUCAGGAACCUUUACAUUUGGUAAGGUAGAUGGGUAUAACAAGUUUGCUGGAACAGCGCCUCCAAAUCCCCGGUUGAAAUUAUCAGAAAAUUGUCAAGUUUUACAAAAGGGAAAUAUAAUCCACGAGAAAAAUAAAAUAGUAAAGAUUUUAGGUCCAUAUAAGAAACUGUUAGACGAUGGUCAUUUAGAUGGGAUGAGUCGCGUACAACAAAAUCAUACUAUUUCCACACCAGAAUCUGAUAUUGAUAGUGAAGCAACAAUAGAUACACAAUCCGAAUCUUUUAGUCCUACUCACAGUAGGGGAAAUGAAAUAAAAAACCCUGCUAUCUCUCGAAUGAGGGAAAUAGAAACCAUGAAGUUAAAAGCAAAACAGCUGAGAAAGGCACUGUUCAUCGCAAAUGACUAUGUUAAAACAUUAGAGAAUAGGGCAGAAAAGGUGGAGCCGUCUAUUAUAAUUCCAAGGGGUAAGAUUGAAUUGGAAAAAUCACAUGAAAAGAGGAGAAUGAGACAUGACGAAACAUUUUGGGAAUUAUCUAUGAAGGAGUUAUGCGCAGGUCUGGGUGCAUUAGGUUUAGCGGCUUGCAAAAUUAUCAGUUUUACUGGGAAAAGCAUCCUUUAUACUUGUAAUGUAGUUUCAGAUAAAUUUGACAAGACUAACGUCUCCUCUAAAAGUAGCGGCAAAGGAUACACUUGUAAAAAUUCCGAUGAUAUAAUGAUUUACAGACAAAGUGGAGGAGAGUAUACAAAUGGGUCAAAUGAAAUAAAACAAUCUAUUGAAUGUAAGCCAUCAAACAAACAAAAGCUGCGCAAGUAUAAUCGCAUUACCAGAAAACAUAACGGGCACUUGGAUCCUCAAGAGUUUGUUAAUGCCUAUAUACAAGACACUGUUGGUCACGAUGAGAUAGAAUCUAUGAGUGAUGAGAAUCUUUGUAAUUUACAAAUUGAAUAUGGUAGCGAGUUUGAUAAUUUUAUUCACGAUAGUAGUUCUCUAGAGCACUCUAGUGAAUACGAUUCCAGCUCACGUUUGCAAGAUUACAAAGAGCUGUAUCACCAGUUUCCUAGACAGCAGGAUGUUAAGCAAAACUACAUGAGACACAAUGUUGACAUUGGAAACAUCGAUAUACAUGCUAAUAAAAUACUCGAGCAGAAAGAAACCACAUGCGGUGGAUUAUCCACUGGCAAUAUAAACAAACAAUGUGGUACAACCGGGAAAAUGACACCACCUAUUCUAAAUGCAACAAGACCUGGUGUAUCAGGAUAUGGGACGCAAGAUCCUCCCAUACCAACACCUAUAGGACCAACCGGAGAAGAUAUCCACAGUAUGGAAAAUAAUACAGGAAAUAGCAACAAACUGGCUACUGUGCAAAACAGCAGAUCAUAUUCUGAGAAUGAUAAGAUUGGAGUUUUUCUAAACACACCCACGACAAUCGUAGACAAGGCAGCGGCGGAAUCAAUAGUAAAGCACACGAACCAGGUUACGAGUGAUACUGGAUCCUUGGAAUCGCAAUGGGAAACCGAGAAAUCCGGAUCCGAGGCAAACACAUUUCAUUGUGAUGGCAAUAAAAUACCAGGUGAAAAGGAUGCUGAACCAGAAGAGUGUGAAAAUGACAAGUCGGAGGAAAACAAUGACACUGCGAAAAAGGAAAAGAAAAAGAUAUCUUUCUUUGGUAAAGGCUGGACAAAUAGAAGAAAAACAAAGAACUAA